AUGGUAAGAACUAGAGGUGCAUCAUCUUCCUGUGGAGAGGCUUCAUCGUCUCGUGGUCAACCAUCAUCUUCAUCACAUGAUGAAAGGAGACGACCUACGACUUCUGUUCGUAGAAGACGUGUAGUGGAAUAUCGCACGGACGUCAUUGAUGAGCAUCAUUAUGAGGACCAUGAGGAGUCUAUACAGCAGGGACAUCGUGAGGAGGACUAUGUUCAACAUGAGGAUGUUCAAGAGCAGGAUGACUAUAGUGAGGAAGAAGGUGAAGAUGAAGAUGAAGAUGAGGAUGAAGAUGGAGAUGAAGUUCAAGAUGAUGGAUUUCCAGGAGGUCCACAUGACACCUCCUUGCUUACACACUAUUCCCAGCAUGUUGCAUAUGCCAUAUGGCAAGGCCAGGAUCGAGGGGAGAUUCAAUUGAGGACCCAUGGUAAAAAAUUAAAAAAUUUUGGAAUGUAUCAUGAGGCUAUCGAGCCAUAUAUAUCCAUGUCGGGGUUGGCUUCCUUAGUCAACCUAUCCUACGAGUAUGCUGAUCAUGGAUUGAUCGUUUCACUUGCGGAGAGAUGA